AUGCGAUCUUCUUUACUGCCUCGAAGACCGCUGCGGCGUGUCUGCGACGCCUGCAGACAGCAGCAGAGCCGCCAUGCGACUUCAACAACCAUUAACAAUCGGGCUCUCUCUUCUCGCCAACUCACCACGAUAAGACCAACGCCAUGCAAAACACACAUCGGCAAUAGCAACAGCCUAAGUCUUCAGACAAGACGGCCCUUAUCAAGCAGCGCGACAUCCUCGCCCCGCGAACAACAAGCAUCAGCAGAACAGGAAACCACCCAGCCAGCCAACACGGAACAACAAGAAGAAGACGGAAAGAAGCCGAUAUCGCACUACGACCUCUUCCCGCAGACCCUGCCCCAAGGGCCCCCGCCAAAAGGCCGCUUCGCAAUCGACGUGCGCGCCCUCCGCCGCGAAUUCCUCGCUCUCCAGGCCACCGCACACCCGGACCUCGCACCACCGGGGGCGUCGUCGAAGCGGCGCGCGGAAGCAGCCUCGUCGCGGAUCAACGACGCGUACCGGACGCUAGCGGACCCGCUCUCGCGCGCGCAGUACCUGCUGCGGCUGCGGUGGGGCAUCGACGCGGCGGGCGAGGAGGCGGCGCGGGUGGAGGACCCGGAGCUGCUGAUGCUGGUGCUGGAGACGCGGGAGGCGAUCGAGGAGGCGGAGGCGGAGGAGGACUUGGAGGGGCUGAGGGCGGAGAACGAGGCGCGGAUUAGGGAGAGCGAGGAUAGGCUUGCUAGGGCGUUUGAGGAGGAUGAUGGGGAGAGGGCGAGGAGGGAGGUUACGAGGUUGAGGUAUUGGGUUAAUAUUAGGGAUGCGGUGAGGGAUUGGGAGGAGGGGAAGCCGGUUGUGCUGCAGCAUUGA